CUUGCUGCUUCUGGUCCAAAAGAGAAGCCGAGUCGAGUCUACAACAAACAACAUGCAAUAGAGUGCAGCUGCGGCAGAAGAUCAUCAUUUCAUUCCAACCAGCACCACACAGAAAGCUAGCUUUCUAUUAUAAUAAAACAAAAACAAAAAACAAGAGAAAGCGAAAAAGGAAAGGUAGAGAAGAAGAAGAACAAGAGGUAGAAGAAAAAAGCAUCCCCAGCAGCCCCAGCAAAAAGAGGAUAAAAAGCCUCACUUUCAACCAUCCAUCACCAUCAUCUCCAAAACUCAAUCACAAACCCUUCUCCUUCCUUCCUUAGGGGCGUAUUUUACCCUAAACCCUAAAUCACCAACAACAACAAGUCAACAACAAGACGGCGAUUACACCAUGCACCACAGCGACUCCUCUACAGCCGCAACCUGCUUCUACGGCGGCGGAGAACCGAUCCAGCAGCUGCCUUCCCCUUGGUCAACUUUCCCAUACCACAAUCCGGUCAACUCAUACGAAACCCAUCAUCAAGACCAAUUCCUCAUCCCGCCGCCUCUUCCGUCGUACGGUGGGUUCUUCAACCGAGGUCCGUCGUCUUUGCAGUUCGCGUACGACGUUGGAUCGUCGGCAGCGGAUCAUCUGAGGAUCAUAUCCGAGACGUUGGGCCCGGUGAUCCACCAUCAUCAUCCGUUUGGGCUGCAGCUGGCGGAGAAGAUGACGGCCCAGGAGAUCAUGGACGCCAAGGCCCUGGCCGCUUCCAAGAGCCACAGCGAGGCCGAGCGGCGGCGCAGGGAGAGGAUCAACAACCACUAUUCCAAGCUCCGCAGCUUGCUCCCCAGCACCACCAAAACGGAAAAGGCUUCGCUGCUGGCGGAGGUGAUCCAGCACGUGAAGGAGCUGAAACGGCAGACGGAUCUAAUAGCCGAGACCACCCCGGUGCCGACGGAACUCGACGAGCUCACCGUCGACGCCAACUCCGACGAGGACGGGAGAUUCCUCAUCAAAGCUUCCCUCUGCUGCGAGGACAGGUCCGACCUUCUCCCUGACGUCAUCAAGACCCUCAAGGCGCUGCGCCUCCGCACGGUGAAGGCCGAGAUCACCACACUCGGGGGUAGGGUAAAAAACGUCCUCUUCAUCACCGGCGACGACGAAAACACCGACGAGGGCAUUCAUCAUUAUGGGCAUCAUCAGCAACAAGCGGUGCAGCAGUACUCGAUAAGCUCGAUCCACGAUGCGCUGAAGGCGGUGAUGGAGAAGGGCGGCGGAGGGGAUCAUGAGUCUUCUUCCGGGAGUGUCAAGAGACAGCGGACUACUAACAACAACAAUGUCAACAUCAUUCGAACAACAACAUAACAGGUCUCUAUAACGUACGUUUUUUUUCCUUGGUGCAUGUUUUUAUUAAUUAUGGGUUAGCGGAGAGGUCUCUCUAUGAUUUAGAAAAAAAAGGAGACACUCCUCCCACUCAAAAAUAUCUUUUGGUUCUCUUUGUGUGGUGUGGUUUUCUUGUUAUUGGGUUGUUCAUUUUUUUCUUAUUUCUGGGUUUUGGAUUGGCAGUGAAGGGAAACGGGUAAUGAUGAAUGCUGAUUAAGCAAAAUAUAUGGAGAGAUAUGAAUGAAAUACUAGUAAGGGU